AUGGUCGAGUAUAAUGUCGCAAAAGUUUCUGAUAUCGGAGACGGUCAACACAAAGAAUUUACUGUCGGUGGAAACAUUAGAAUUCUUUUAUCAAAAGUUAAUGGACAAAUACAUGCAACUUCUCAUAAAUGUACUCAUUAUGGGGCACCACUUGCUACAGGAGUACUUUCGAGCGAUGGUCGCAUAACUUGGCAAGAAAGCAAUCGUUUUGAGUUGGAUGCUCCUGGAUUGGAUAAUCUUCAAAAAUAUAAGGUUACCAUAAAAGGUGAUGACGUCUACGUUGAAGCUGACGAAGAUGCUUUUAAAAUUUCCAGAAGACCUCCAAAGUGUUCUUCUGGAGUAGUUCCAUUAAAUGAUCGCACUGUAGUAAUUAUUGGUGGUGGCGCUUCCGGAAACGCUGCAGCAGAGAAACUUCGUGAAGAUGGAUAUAAUGGAAAAAUUGUUAUUAUAAGCCGUGAACCUUAUCUACCCAUUGAUAGGCCAAAACUUAGUAAAGCUUUUGGCAUGAAACUUGAAAAAAUACAAAUCCGAAAUAAGGAUUUUUAUGAUAGCCUUUUUAUUACGUUUAAACUAGGAACGUCUGUAACUAAAGUAAAUACCUCUUCCAAAAUGGUCACCCUCGAUAAUGGCGAAAAUUUAAAGUAUGACACUUUAAUUAUUGCUACUGGAGCUUCGCCGCGGUCGAUUCCGAUUCCCGGAAUUGGACUCAAUAACGUGUUUUAUCUUCGUACAUUUGAAGAUUAUGAGAAAAUUGAGCAAGCCAUCGGGAAAGAAGAAAAUAAGAAACUCGCAAUUAUCGGAUCUUCCUUUAUUGGAAUGGAAGUGGCAGCUAUGUGUGCUAAAAAAGCCAACGUCUCUGUUAUUGGCAUGGAAAAGGUUCCUUUUGAAAGAGUACUUGGCCUUGAGGUUGGAAGUGCAAUUCAAAAGUUGCACGAAGCAAAUGGUGUCGGUUUUUAUUUGCAAUCUGGUGUGAAGGAAAUUGAACCCUUAGACACUGAUCCUAGGAAAGGAGGUGCAAUAAUAUUAGCAGAUGACAGAAAGAUUCCCGCUGACGUAAUAGUAAUUGGAGCAGGUGUAGCACCAGCAACGGAAUUUUUGAAAGACUCACCAGGUUUUACAUUAGAAAGAGAUGGUAGUCUUAAAGUCGAUGAGAAUUUCAAAGUUGAAGGGCUUGAUGAUGUUUUCGCAAUUGGCGAUAUCGCAAGGUUCACAUAUCAUAAGACUGGAGAGUCAAUCCGCAUUGAACAUUGGUCGUUUGCCGAAAAUACUGGUCGUGCAGUUGCUGAAAUAAUUGCUAAAAAAUCGGUCAUGUCAUUCAAAAAAAUCCCAUACUUUUGGAGUAAUCAACUUGGGAAGGGAAUACGUUAUGCUGGUUAUGCCAGUAGUUUCAAUGAUGUUAUUAUUCAAGGAAAUCUGGAAGAAUUUAAAUUUGCAGCAUAUUAUGCACGUGAUGAUAAAAUUCUGGCAGUUGCCACGAUAUCCAAAGAUCCUUUAGCUUCUCACAGUUCAGAACUGUUGAGGCUUGAUGCAUUUCCAUCAGCAUCUGAAAUUAAAAAUGGAAAG